UUAGUCUUUCGCUUUUUCACUUUCUUCUACUCACUCUCUCGCUCCCGCGGGUCCCACAUUACGCCACUCCCCCCUUUCUCUCUCUAUAUCUACCCACGCUGUGUUUCUCUCUCUCUAGACGCUAACCUCUGUGUAAUGGAAGCUCGCCGGAGCCUCGGCUUCGCACCAUCGCUCGCUCAGUAAGUAAUCACAUUCUCGGUUUUGGGAUCAUGGCGGCUGUUUUGAAUUCCGGGUUUAGGGUUCUUUGUUUUGUUGUUUUUGUGGCGUUUCAACUGAGUUGCCACCGGGGUAGCUCGGAGCCGGUGGGGGAUAAGCAAGCGCUUCUUGCUUUCUUGUCGAAGACGCCGCACAGUGGUCGCCUGAAAUGGAACGCCUCCGCGCCGGCGUGCUCGUGGGUCGGCGUGGAAUGCGACGCGAACCGGUCGUUUGUUUUUGCUCUGAGGUUGCCGGCGGUCGGGUUGAUGGGGGACAUUCCGGCGGGCACUUUGGGCAGGCUGAGUCAGCUCCGAGUGCUGAGUCUCCGGUCGAAUAGGCUCACCGGCUCCCUCCCGUCGGAUUUUUCUAACCUUGUACACCUCCGCAGUCUUUACCUCCAGGACAACAGGUUUUCCGGUGAUUUCCCGGCGAGUCUCGCCGAGUCAACUCGGUUGAUCCGGCUAGACCUCUCCUCCAACAAUUUCACCGGUGCAAUCCCGUCCACUGUCAACAAUUUCACCAAUUUGACUCGGCUUUACGUGCAGAACAAUGGGUUCAACGGGAAACUCCCCGCCAUAAACCUUCCUGAGCUUUCCGAUUUGGAUUUCUCCAACAAUCGUCUCAACGGGCAAAUUCCCAGUACAUUGUCUAAGUUUCCGGCGUCUGCUUUCGCCGGAAACAUUGAUCUCUGCGGCGGCCCAUUGCCACCGUGCAACCAAAAUUCCUCUUCUCCUACCCCUUCCCCUUCCCCCCAGCCCAAAAACACUCCUCCCCACAAGAAGUCCAAAAAACUCUCCACGGCCGCCAUUGUCGGAAUCGUUAUCGGCUCAGUCAUCGGCUUUCUACUCCUACUACUAAUUCUCUUCCUCUGUUUAUCAAAGAAAACAGGGCAAGCGCCCAACACAGCGAAGCCGCCAACAACUGCCAACGCAGCUCCGGCGAAGCCGCCGGCGGCGGAGGCGGGGACGUCAUCGUCGAAGGACGACGUGACCGGUGCCUCUGCCGGCGGGGAGCGGAACAAGCUGGUGUUCUUUCCCAGCGGAGGGUACAGUUUUGACCUGGAGGACUUGCUGAGGGCAUCCGCGGAGGUUCUUGGGAAAGGAAGCGUCGGAACGAGCUACAAGGCGGUGUUGGAGGAGGGCACCACGGUGGUGGUGAAGCGGCUGAAGGAUGUGACGGUGAACCGGAAAGAGUUCGAGGAUCAAAUGGAGGUUUUGGGGAAGCUGAAGAAUGAAAAUGUGCUUCCAUUAAGAGCUUUUUACUAUUCCAGAGAUGAAAAAUUAUUAGUGUUUGAUUACAUGCCUGCUGGCAGCUUAUCUGCUCUUCUUCAUGGUAGUAGAGGGUCGUGCCGAACGCCACUAGAUUGGGACAGCAGAAUGAGAAUAGCAAUCGGUGCAGCUAGAGGGCUUGCGUACUUACAUGUGUCGGGUGAAGUCGUCCAUGGCAACAUCAAGGCAUCAAACAUACUCCUCAAGCAAGACAACCACGACGCUUGUGUAUCAGACUACGGCUUGAACCCGCUGUUCUCCGCUUCAGCUCCGGGCAACCAUCGUGUGGCGGGGUAUCGUGCACCCGAGGUGCUCGAAACCCGAAAGGCGACAUACAAGUCGGAUGUGUACAGCUUCGGGGUACUGAUCCUGGAGCUUCUCACGGGCAAGGCGCCAAACCAGGCCUCAUUGGGCGAGGAAGGCAUCGAUCUGCCUCGGUGGGUGCAGAGCGUGGUGAGGGAGGAGUGGACGGCGGAGGUGUUCGACGUGGAGCUGAUGCGGUUCCACAACGUCGAGGAGGAGAUGGUGCAGCUGCUGCAGAUAGGGAUGGCCUGUGUGGCAACUGUGCCAAACCAAAGGCCUGAAAUGGCUAAUGUUGUGAGGAUGAUUGAGGAGAUUCACAGAAGUGAGACUGACGAUGGGAUUCGCCAAUCAUCGGAUGAUCCAUCCAAAGGCUCCGAUGAUCGAUCGAAAGGUUCAUCUCCUCACGGCAUAACACCAUAGAAUGAUCAACCGGUGGUUCUUAACAUUUGCAGGAAGCCUAAAUUAUGAGUUACAGCUUCAUUCUUGGUCUUAUUUUUUAUUUUUUCAAUAAUUUUUUUUUUUUUCUGAAGUAUAUUGUGCAAUGUAUUCUACAGGGAAUUGAAGAUUAUUUGAACUUUUGGUUUUGAGGGGGUUACAUACUUCCAUGAAGAUUAUUUUUGUUCAAAAAUUGAUUAGUGAAAUACAUGCUUCUUGCA